AGGGAGUCAGAGAGACAGAGAGAGAGAGGGGGGAGCGGAAACUGCAGAAGAGAAGGAGCCCAGCUGGAAACGGCGGGCCAAGGGGAAAGAGGCAAGGCAAGACACUGAGGAACGAGCAACCCUGACCAGGGAAGCGUUCCUGAAUAUGGUUUCGAGUUUUCGUGUCUCAGAGCUUCAAGUGUUGUUAGGUUUUGCUGGUCGUAACAAAAGUGGUCGCAAGCAUGAACUCCUUGUGAGAGCACUACACCUUUUAAAGAGUGGCUGUAGUCCAGCUGUUCAGAUCAAAAUUAAGGAACUGUACAGACGACGUUUUCCUAGAACUAUUGAAAGCCUUGCUGACUUGUCAGCUAUAAAAUCUUCCGUUUUCUCUUUGGACAAUAACCUGUCUAGUGACUCUGAGUUGACCUCGGGGAUUGCGCAUUCUUCGGCAUCCACAUCAGCCACACCUCAGACUUCAUCUCCAUUGGUUAGCUCUGUGCUGCUACAUGAGACGAAGCCAAAUAUAGAAAUGCAAGAGGCUUCUCCCUCCAUCCAUCCUGUCCAUCCAGAUGUCCAACUGAAAAGCAUACCCUUUUAUGACGUGCUGGAUGUGCUUAUUAAACCGACAAGUCUAGUGCCAUCAAACAUUCAACGAUUCCAGGAAAAGUACUUCAUCUUCGCAUUGACUCCUCAACAAGUAAAAGAAAUAUGCAUUUCUAGGGACUUUUUGCCAGGCGGAAGAAGAGACUAUAUUGUGCAGGUUCAGUUGAGGUUUUGUCUCGCAGAGACGAGCUGUCCGCAGGAAGACAAUUAUCCUAAUAAUUUAUGUAUAAAAGUAAAUGGAAAACUUUAUCCACUACCAGGGUUUACGCCACCACCUAAAAACGGUGUUGAACAGAAGCGACCUGGUCGGCCUUUAAACAUCACAUCGCAAGUUAGACUCUCAUCGGCUGUACCCAAUCAAAUUUCAGUUUCUUGGGCACCAGAAAUGGGAAGAAAUUAUUCCGUGUCUGUGUUCUUGGUGAAGCAACUGACAUCUGCUGUAUUACUGCAGAGGCUGCGGAACAAAGGCAUUAGGAAUUCUGACCAUUCCAGAGCACUUAUUAAAGAAAAGCUGACUGCAGAUCCUGAUAGUGAGAUUGCAACUACAAGCCUAAGAGUUUCGUUGAUGUGUCCCUUGGGGAAGAUGCGGCUGAUAGUCCCUUGCCGUGCAGUAACCUGUACACACCUACAAUGCUUCGAUGCUGCCCUCUAUCUUCAGAUGAAUGAAAAGAAGCCCACGUGGAUUUGUCCAGUGUGUGAUAAAAAGGCAUCCUAUGAUAGUUUAAUAAUAGAUGGUCUGUUUAUGGAAAUCCUGAAUUCUUGCACAGAUGUAGAUGAGAUUAAAUUCCAAGAAGAUGGCUCCUGGUGUCCGAUGAGGCCCAAAAAGGAAUCUUUAAAACUACCCAACUCACAAUGUACAAAAGUUGAACUUUCAUCAACUCCAAACGUAACUAACAAGACUGCUUCUGCAGUGUCAACCAGUGAAGCAAAUAUCAAUAAGAAGGUUGAGGUUAUAGACCUCACCAUUGAAAGUUCGUCUUCUGAUGAGGAGACAGAACCUCCACUAAAGAAGAGGUGCUUAUAUCCAGCAGAUACAGAGGACACUGCCAGUAAAGGGGUCCUUGCCUAUCAGCCACCUGCAGUUCGAUUGCCAAAUGUCACGACUGUUGAUACAAGUUUUCUGCCUCAGUUGGCAGACUAUCCAGCCACAUUCCAUCACUCAACAAUGGCCCUUCCACCUGAGAUUCAAAAUUUGGACUUUUUCUCAUUGUUUCAGAGUGAUCCUCAGUACUGUCAAUCUAUAUUUCUGGACAAUCUCUCCACUGCUGUUGGAUCACCGACUAUAACACCCACCACUGUGGGUGGAAGCAUCAUCUCAUCAACCCAGCAUCAUGAGGGCAGCGGAAGCAGCAACAGUCGAGCAGAAACUGGGGUGAUAGCAGGAGCCGGAGGAGGCAGCAGCAUACCAGACAUCAUCUCUUUAGAUUGAUAAAUUUUGCAUAGACUUGAUUUUGUAUUCAGGAGCUGGAUGGGGUGGUUGAAGGGAAGAAGAAUGAAAUAGCAGUCACGCUGCAGCCAAGAACUCAAUUUCAACACUUUGUGCAUUCUCCACAAUGCUACCACUUUUUUGUUUUCAAAGUAUCAAAAACUUUGUUGACUGGCAGCAUUCAGAGUGCUGGUGCAGCACUUCCUUGGAAUGAGAACAAAAAUGGAUGACCGAAAUGGAGUCUGAAAUCCUUAGCUUGAAUGAGCUUGAAGUCUGAUGGAAGCAGAAGACAAAAUUGUAAUAUUUUGUUGCGAUUAAUGUAGUGUAGUUCCAUUUACAGCCACUGUUGAAGUUCACAGCAAUUUUUUAUUCUUCUAUUGACUGAAUUUUCAAGGUGCCCCUUCCAACCCAAAAUAUAUGCAUCGUCUCUGUAACAGUUCAAAUAAUUGGUGCUUUAUUGUGAAGUAUACUAUACCCUUGGUUACUGUGAGGAAUUCCUUUGUUUCACAGUUGCUGAGGUGUUAAAUACUGUAAUUCUGACUCAAAUGCAAUAACUGAGCCAGAUGUUGAGAUCUUUAGUAUAACAUAUUGUAGUAGCCAGUUCUGAGAUGUAAUUCUUUAUCAAUGAUUGAAUUACCUAUAAGCAUGUACAGUGUUUCUAGGAUGGAGAAAAUACACUUUUUUAAAUGGUUUGCAUUCCUUUUGUAAUUUUAAUGCAAUUUUCUUGGGAAAAGCAGGGAGUAAGCAAACAAUCUGUACUUCUGGCAAACACUGCAUGGUCUUGAUUAAAAUUAGGAAGAAUCUGAUUUCAGUACCUGUUGAUCUCGUCGAUUUUGAGACAAUAUCAGUAUGAAGUAAUGUCUCAGUGAUUCAGAAGAGAAAAUCCAGAUACUGCUGUUUAGAAGUGGGGAGAAAAGAAACUGUAGGCAAGAUUUAUUUAGAUAUGCACUGUCCAAUUUAAUAUCUUGCUGGCAGUCACUGUCUGGUCUCCUACACACAAAUGGAAAUGCAGAUGAGGUAAAUGGACCACCAAUUGUGGACAACCUCCCAUUCCUCUACUCUUAUGGAUUAAGAUAGGAGAAAAUUAGAAGUAGUAAAAUUUAAUCAUUAAAUCGUAUACACUUGGAUUACUUCCUCUUGCCGUAUGUCACUGCCCUUCAUUUGAGCCUGAAACGUUGAUGAAUCUGAUCUGAAAGGGAGAUUUGUAUUUCGUGUUAUGGGGGCCAGAUUGGAGCAGAACCUGAAGUUACACAAUAUUUGUACAAAUCCUAAUAGAGUUGUUUAGUUACAGCCAAGCCCUGGAGUUUGAUUUGGAUUUGGAUUCCAAUUCUGCGUUUCAGAAAAGUAACAAUUCUGACCUGGAAGUGCUUAGUACUUGAAAGCCAGGGCAUGCUGAAUAGUUGGUUAUCUUUAGUUUCUAGGUCACUUAAUAAUCUAGUGUGGAUAAAUGCACCAUGUGCUGUAGUAAACAAUGUAGUCCAGAAGGUUCAAGGUACAAUUUCUAGUCAAUCCUGAGCUUGUUGAUCACAGCCAGGCUAUUUAUUGUGAUAUUUUGAUUGGUCUCAUCUCUAAGCUAAAUGGGAGUACUCAUUUAAUGUCCAUUAAAUGAAUCCUCCAAAAUCUGCCCUGGUGAAUUAGCCUUGGAUAACAUCAGAGCAGCAGUGUUUGCUCUGCAGUUUUCUGUGACAGAAGAUGGUGCCUUUGAAAUCGCAUCCCAGUAAUAGUGCCUUCAGGAGAGAAUGAUGGAGUUAGCAAAAAAGGCUUUUAUUAAUUUGGUUGAACGUAAUAAAUUUAUUUUUGAAAUUAUGCAAUUCUUAAAAAGAUCAUCUUGGCUGCAUUGACUGGGUCAAAAUAGGUCAAACCUAUUUUUCAUCUACUUAAAGUAGGGCAAAGCAUUUAUCUAAAGAUGUUUUCUGAAUUUUUUUUAGAGAAAGCUCUGAUUCCUUUUAAAAGAAAGUUAAUAUUUUGAAGCAAUUGAUGUUGUCUCUUUUGUUCUGUCAUGGGAUUUGAAAUAAAGUUCUUGUGCCACUAUUUUCUUCUAUGCUAAAGAAGCUUGUAGUGUUAUGUAAAUUCGGGACCUAAAAACUAAAACAUGUUCUCUGAAGCCUAAAAUCUGCCUCUGUUCUUUGAGAUGAUGUUUUUUUUCUUUGGGGGUGUGUGUGUGUGUGUGGUGCUCCAGUUUUCUUAAAAAAAAGUGUUACUGGGACGUGGGUAUCACUUUCUAGGCCAACAUUUAUUGCCCGUCACUAAUUGCCCUGGACAAGAUGUGCUAAACAUUGAGUUGUACCUUUGUUUCCCUGUGGCUUAAAUUAUAAAAUUUAGUGUUAACUUAUAUUUGCUUUAAUGCAUAAAUCUUUCUUUGAAAUUGAUGCAAGAAAUGUCAGCACAUGACCUUGCAAAUGUAGGAAUGUAAAUCAGCCACUGGUAGGCCUGCUGUGCAAUGACUGAAAUAAUUCUUGGAAGCCAUAACUGAUUGGAAUAUGCCGUACUGCCACAGUGUAUUUAGAACACCCUGUUGAUUGGUUACAAAGUGCCUGUACUUGCAUCACGAUUCCAUUUAUUAUUAUAUUUUGAUGCAACAUCAAAUCAUUAGGUUGUAAACAGUUGGAAGAUGUUGAAUAAUGCAGUUUCUGAAUUUUCUGGCCUGUUUGGUAUAGCUUCCAAUUAAUAUAGCUGGUUGUGAGGGUUAAGGGCAAACCUAAUCAAACUAUCUGAUAAAUUCUCAGAAAUAUGAACAUUUUACCCACAUGACCACUUGUGAAAAAAAACUUCAUUACAGUACUGAGAUUGCAUCUAUUCCAUAAUGUUGUGUUAUAGCAGUUUUGUGUCACAUAUGCAUUACAUCAACUCAAUUUUGUAAUCCUAAAAAAGCUUUAAAUCACAAUGUAAUUAAUAUGCAAAUAAAAACAUGCUACUAAAGCUAUUUACAAGUUUACUGCAUAGCACCUGAGGGCUCUUGAUUGAUUGCUUUACUAAUUUGAGUCCUUGUUACUUAAUUUCAAAACAUUUACGAGAGGUUACAUUUUUAGCAUUUUCUGUUUAAAAUGUCUGUAACUUUUUUUUGAGAGAGAGCUGUGCCUCAGAAGUUCAAGAAUCUUGAGUCCAUACAGGUUCCCAGAUCCAUUAGCUAUUGGCGGAAAACAUUCCAUCUCAUGGAUCCGCUUCCAGUAUGCAGCUAUUCUUUAACUCCAGAAUCCAUCAUUAGCAACGUACAAUCCCGUUUAAAAGCACAUAAGUCUCCAGGAAAUCAGAUUUCUGGAAAAAGAACAUUGUUGUACUGAAAAAUACAGAACAAUCCAAACAACACUUCAGGGCAAAAUUAGUUCAUCUUAAAAUUACAGUGAACAAGGAAAAUAAGAGCAGCGAGGAAGCAGGUCUUUGCAUUUUUGUGCUACAUCUCGGAACAGUUGAAGGAAGUGGUUUAAAAUUUGUUGAUAUGAACAAUGAUUGUAAGUUUUGUUUUAGAGAAGUUCUGAAUAAAAGUUCUGAAAUUAAA